AAUCACUUAUGUCAGUGUACAUCUGUCAAUUUACUGCGUUCUGAUUCGAACGAGGAUCAUGUACAGUUGUAAUCAUUAUCUUCAUGCGUGAUUUUGUGUGAUUAAGUUAAAAAUUGACAAACUCUAUACGUUUUUCUUAAUGUGUGAAGGACAAUGUUAAAGUACAUUCUUAUUACGAUAGUUAUUUUAACCUGUUUGUCACAAACUGAGGCGCAAUACGAUGACAAGAGAUGCAAAUGUAUCUGUCCGAGCCUCUCUUCCGUUACAAAUACAACGCAAUCGUCUAUGGAGCGUCUCACAUAUAUCAUAAAUGUUCCACCAUUACAAUGUAAAUGCGAGAGUGUUGUUCUACCAAAACUUGGAGAACAGAUAAAAGGGAAAGAAGAAAUAUUUUGCUCACGAUGUGACUGCAAAUAUGAAAAUAGGAAUACAACUAUCAUUAAGAUUGUGGUGAUAAUAGUUAUAUGGGUUAUAUCACUGUUGGUGAUAUAUAUGUUAUUCUUAAUUUGUUUGGAUCCAUUACUUAAUAAGCGGAUACAUAAAGCUUCAGCAAAUAUUGGUUAUCAUGAACAUAAUAAUGAGGAGGAUGAUUCAUCUCUUGCACCUGGAACUUCUCACCCAAUGGGAGAAAGAGGUAAUGUUUUGAAUCGUGUUGGACAUCAGCAAGACAAGUGGAAAAGGCAAGUUCGUGAACAAAGGCGGAACAUUUAUGAUCGUCAUACUAUGUUGAAUUAAUAAUUAUACAUUUUGUUAAGAAUAUAAUAUAUAAAAAAUCUAAAAUGUAGAAAUUCUUUACUUGCAACAAUGAUUUGUUCAAUAUUAUGAAGCAAAUUAAAAAAAAAUAGUAUUGAUAAAAAUAUAUUGCAGUAAUAAGGAGUAUUAUUAAAGAUUAGCAGAUUAUUAUUCAUUUUCAAAAUUGGCCGACCUAUUGGUUAUAGCUUAUAGUUAAUGUUAAACCAAGUAUAUACAUGCAAAGCUGUUAUAAUUUAUUUUGUGUGAUUUUGAUAUACAUUAAACAAUAAAUUAUUAAAAUAUAUAUUAA